AUGAUUGUCGAUGAAGAGAUCAGUCAGCUUGAGCCGGUAAUCGAUUGCAAUCAAGAUCCUAGUGGGGCAAACUCGGAAGCCGACAAUGAAAAAGCGACAGACGAAGAGAUAGAUGAAAUCGUUCCAGGAACGUUUGAGAUCGAGGAAUCUGAAGAUGAUGAGGAGGCCGAGGCAACUUGGAUGGAUUUGGUUGGUGUAGCUGUUGGUCAGAUCGAUUCGGAGCCGCCGAUGGACACUCUAGCCGAUUCGAGCCCUUUAUUUCGCCGCGAAGAGGAAAAGAUUAAAAAGGUUUCCGCUGACAACUCAGCCUGGUAUCUGUUUCUGAGUAAAGAAUACCUGAUGGGUUCCCUGCUUGUUGGAUACUUACACAAGCUGAUCUUGCGUUACUCGUACCAUCAAAUACGGGUCGUCUUUACUCUAAACUCCAUCAAUCUUCCCCGCUGGGAAGCCUUACGAAUGAUGCGCGCCCAAAUCCGUUCGCUGGUCAAUCAGACUGUCAUCGAGAAAGAAACCAUUUUUGGUCAGCCCGUUUUUGGAUUGAAGGCGAGUGAUUUGAUUAAGAAUGUCAGUACUCACCUGAUGGUUUUAUUCUUGGGGAAGAGCCAAGCUGAAUCGUAUGCGUGA